AGAAGAACGAGCAGAGCUUCUGGAGUUCUUGAGGGUCAAUCAAGAUGUGUUCGCAUGGACUACUGAUGAAAUGCCUGGCAUCCCGGCAGAGUUAACAGUCCACAAACUCAGCACAGAUCCUACCAAAAGGCUGGUGGUGCAGAAACGUCGCCUUUUUGGCCCAGAGAAACAAGCUGCCAUAGACGAGGAGAUACAAAAGCUGUUACAGGCAGGCUUCAUUAGAAGAGUGGAGUACUCUGAGUGGGUGUCCAACCCUGUGCUCGUCAAAAAGCCAAAUGGCAAGUGGAGGAUGUGUAUUGACUUCACCAACCUUAAUGAUGCGUGUCCAAAAGACCCUUAUCCUUUGCCAAACGUCGAGAAGUUAGUGGAGCGGGCAGCUGGACAUGAACGGAUGAGUUUUCUUGACGCCAGCUCGGGCUAUCACCAGGUUCAGUUGCUGUUGGAUGACCAAGAGAAAACAGCUUUCUACGCAGGGGACGCUAUCUAUUGCUAUGUGAUGAUGCCAUUUGGCUUGAAAAAUGCUGGCGCUACAUAUCAGAAGCUAGUACAAAUCGUCUUCAAGCUCCAGAUUGGCAGAAACAUAGAAGUGUAUGUGGAUGACAUGAUAGUCACCAGCGUGCGAGCUGAGGACCAUAUAGACGACCUGAGUGAAACCUUUCAGAAUUUGCGUCGAGCUCAAAUGAAGCUGAACCCUCUGAAGUGCACGUUCGCUGUAGAAUCAGGAAAAUUCCUAGGAUACGUGGUAUCCCAGAAAGGAAUAGAAGUAAAUCCAGAGAAGGUUGAGGCCAUUCAGCAAAUGGAGCCGCCAAGGACUAUCAAAGACGUGCAGCGUUUGACGGGCCAUAUUGCUGCGCUGCACAGGUUUGUAGCCAGGUCGGCAGAAAGAUGCCUUCCGUUCUUCAGGGCCCUGCAAGAGCCCAAAAGUUUUCAAUGGACCGAUACGUGGGUUACAGCAGAGGCGAUUAGCUCGGUCCUACUCAGGGAAGAGAAUAAGAACCAGAAGCCUAUCUGUUAUGUAAGCAAAGUCUUACAGGGUGCCGAGCAGAACUACCCACUAGCGGAAAAGGCUGCUUUUGCCCUGGUUUACACAGCUCGUAAGUUGAGAGCCUACUUUCAAUCACACCAGAUUAUUGUCUAUACCGAUUUGCCGUUGAGGAGGAUAUUGCAAAAACCGGAGCUCUCUGGUCGGCUCAUCGGAUGGAGUGUCGAACUGAGUGAGUAUGACCUUAAAUUUCAACCGCGCACGACUAUAAAAGGCCAAGCUGUGGCAGACUUCCUAGUUGAAUGUGCCCCGGCGGCUGUUAAAGAAAAGGUAUCUGAAUACCCAGUUUGGGUUUUGUAUGUAGAUGGAGCUGCUAAUGUCGAAGGAUCAGGUGCUGGAGCUGUGUUACUGGGCCUUGAUGGCUUCAAGUCUGAGCACGCACUAAGGUUUAAGUUUCAGACGAUCAAUAAUGCUGCAGAAUAUGAAGCCCUCAUAUAUGGAUUGAAGCUGGCGGCCGAGCUGAAGGUACAAAGCAUUCAGGUCUUCAGCGACUCUCAGCUCGUCGUCCGCCAGGUGAAUGGCAGUUGCGACAUCAGGGAUCUCCAGCUCGGCCGUUAUGCCUCUGUGGUCAACAGAUUGAAGUCAAGAUUCGCUUCAUUUCAGAUCGACAAAAUACCGCGGGCAGAUAACCACCGAGCUGAUGAGCUGUCAAAGUUAGCCUCCUCGCAGGACAUUAACCCUCGAAGAUCAACAAUCGUCGAGGUGCUUGACGCACCAAGUUACACUGAUUUCACAGUCGACUGUCAACUACUCACCUCAAUGCCCCUCUUACGCUGCCUUACUCCUUAUGAAGCCGAAUAUGCCGUGAGAGAAGUUCACGAGGGAGUUUGUGGCACGCACAUCGGCGGCAGAACCUUAGCCCAGAAGCUCCUAAGGCAUGGUUAUUACUGGCCCACUAUGGUCGAGGACGCACAGAAUUAUGUCAAAAAGUGCCCGACCUGCCAGUUCAAUGCUGAUGAUAUUCACAUGCCAGGGGAAAUGCUGUCAUCUCUUACGUCUCCCUGGCCCUUCGCUCAAUGGGGUGUUGACCUGCUCGACCCCUUCAUCAAAGGCAAAGGAGGCUGCACUUUCCUAGUCGUCGCAGUGGAUUACUUCACUAAGUGGAUAGAAGCUAAACCAUUAUCCACCACAACAGAAAGAAAAAUAGAAGAAUUCUUGUUCAAUUCAAUAUUGUGCAGGUUCGGCAUACCUAAGCGGAUUAUCGCCGACAAUGGGCCGCAGUUCCGAGCAGCGGCGUUGAGAUCGUUUUGCAACGAUUAUGGCAUUGAGCUCGCCUUGACAUCUGUGUACACUCCACAGUCCAAUGGGCAAGCCGAGUCCGCCAAUAAACUCGUCUUGCGAGGCCUCAAGGCACGAGUGGGCGAAACCCCUUUCAGCCUGACCUAUGGAGCUGAGGCCGUCAUCCCAGUGGAAGUGGGAUUGCCAUCCGAUAGAUCAGAUCGCCAUGACAAUCAGAGUAAUGAACAACUCUUAAGGGAGAACCUGGACUUUGUGGAAGAAAUCAGGGAGAUGUCACGAAUAAGAAACAUGGCACAUCAAAAUCGUGUUGCAAAAUUUUACAAUAAAAGGGUUCGAGCUCGCCAGUUUCAAGUUGGUGACCUGGUUCUACGCAAAGCUGGAUUGACAAACACUUACUCGCACAUGGGCAAGCUCGCUCCUAAUUGGGAAGGCCCCUAUGUGGUUGUUCAAAUUAAGCGACCUGGGUCUUACGUGUUAGCAAAUAUACAAGGACGUCAGUUACCUUAUAUUUGGAACAUACAUAAUCUUAGGAAGUUUUACAGUUAGCAUAUAUGUCAUUAGUGUUCAAGUCGUUACUGAUCAGUUGUAAACAACGAUAUACCGAAAAUACAACGCAAAUUCGAAGAAAAGUUCAUUUUGUAU